CUUUAUUUUUAUAAUGAAUUCUUAAAUGAGAGAGAUGCCAGACUCCAGACUCCACACUCCAGAGCUAGUCGUCUCUAUUUCUUCUUUCCUUUGUUCUCUACAAUGUCCAUGGAAGAAGAAUUCAAAGAUUUUCAAGGAACAGAAGAAAAUGAAAUCCUGGAGAGUGAGCGGACGGGGUUGGAUGGAGUUUCUCAAAAAUGAUCCGUUGAUUGGAUGCCCCACCCGGUUCUUUUUUUUCUUUCUUGUAUUGUUCUUUUUCUCAUGUUUUCUUGUGGAGUUAACCCAUUCUUUUUCCCUUUCUUGUCUUCUUUUUGGUUUUUCUGGUCUUGUUUCUUGAAAUCUUCGAGAGGGUUGGGUCGAGUUUCAGAAGAAUGAUCCGUUGCAUGCGCAACCCUUGCGGUUUUAAGCACUUCUUUUCUUUAAGUUGUGCGUGAAGAUUCCACCCUCACUUCUUGGAGUUUAGAGAGAUUGUUGUAGUGCUCAUUUUGGUUGGAUCUUCAAGCAUUCUGGAGUGUCAUUGGGUCUGAAAUGCCGUCUGCUGAGUUACUUGCCGCAGCAGCCAAACUAACAGAAGCAGAAGCUGAAUUACGAGAAGCUGAGCUGGACGGAGACACUGAAUUAUUUAUAGGACCCCCACCUCCUGCUGUGGUCACGGAAGCUGAAUCUGCCAAUGAAGUAGAACGUUUCGAGGAGAUUACAAGAAUAAUUGAUGCUGAGGAAGAUAGUCCAUAUGAUAUUCUCGGAGUCAACAAAAAUAUGUCUCCUGAAAACAUGAAAAAUAGGUAUUGGAAGUUGUCGCUGAUGGUUCACCCAGACAAAUGCUCUCACCCUCAAGCUCACCAAGCAUUUGUUAAGUUGAACAAAGCAUUUAAGGAUUUACAAGAUCCUGAUAAGGUGAGUGUUAGGACAUUUUCUUGCUCUGUUUCGAAGUUUGAAAUGUUUCCUGCUUGUUGCCAUACUAAUAAAUGGAUUGAUUCGUAUUCUGGACGAUUCAGACUGUGGCGAAGAGAUAUACUUCACAUAAUAAAUAUUCCUCUGUGUUACAUCUGUGACUUGUCUGAAUAUUUGGUGAAGAAAAUUGUCAGUAGUCAUAGAGUUAAAGAAUUUAUGCUUUUCACUUCACAAUUUACAAAGAUUUCAGCACGGGAAAAUUUCAUAUGACAGAAGCUAGCUUUUGUCGUCUUUGCUAGUCCUAAAAUCUUUAAUAUUAAAUAAGGAAAUAAAACAGGAGACUAGUUACUAAUUAUUAGUUGGAUUAAUUAUGAGAAUCAGAGCUGGUUUGAACUGAAAUAAAGGUUCUUGAAUAAUCCAUCAGCAUGGUUUAACUUUUGUCCUUAGUGAACAUGGUUAUGUCAACUUUACAUGGAAACGAAAUGUGAGAACCUCUCUUGUUUCAUUGGAAUUGUAUGUUCACCUCCUUUUGGAGCCAUAGUAAUCUUUGUUUUCCUACUAUUAUCUAUAUUACCAAUCAGGUUCGCCUUUCUCCUAUUUUAAUAUAUAUGAUUUCACUGUAAUGUAAGUGCCAUUCGACCACUCUCUUUUACUUCUAUUUUAGCUUGAGUUUAAUAAUCUUCUUAAAUCAUUAGAAGCUUGCAAAUUGAUCAGCAAUAUUCUUUUCUUAAGUGCAUUUCGGAGAGGUUUCUUGAAUUUGAAGUAUUUUCGCUGUUUCUUAUGUCUGCAUUGAAAGUUUCUUGUUUAUGAUGUAUCAUUGUCAUAUUGGUUAUGCGCUUCCACUGGAGUAUUCUAUGAGCUACGGUUUGAGUCACAGGUUUACACUGUGGCACCCAAUGAUUUUCCCUGUACUUUUCUCAUAUCCUAGUUUCUUUCACAAUUCUGUCCUAAUGCAUAUUACAGGAUAUGGAGGCAAUAUCUGAUUUUGUUUGCCCAUAACACAUAUAGCAUAUAAUUAUAAAAUGGUAUCAAUUUACUUGAGAAAUCAUUUUUUAGUUCUAUGUAUAACAAGCAUUUUAUUUUGAUAUAUUGAUAAGCGAGCAUUUAUGAUAUCAAAUUAUGUGAUUAGUGUAGGUGAUCUAUACUCGUUAUUGGAAAAUUGAGGGCCUGGGGCUUGAAUUUGGUUUGUCAAAAGUUGUGCGAACUAAAGUAAUCUCAUAUCUUAUGAAUUGUGUGGAAUUCAAAAGGGUUAAGUAGAAAUUUGAACGCUCGACCGAAACACACAUUGGCUGUUACUAUGAUGCAUUUUAACAAUAUUUAGAGCCUGAUGGUAACCGUUGUAUCUAUAGUUUCCUCUCGACUUGUUUUUCUAUCAGAAAAGUAAUCCAUGUUCCUUUCCGUUCUACUCUGUUGAUUUUUCUCCCACAUUUGAAAAUCAAGAGAUGUUGAAUCCAUUGUGUUUUACAAUUUGUAAACUUCAAAACCUAAAGCCCUGUUGUGAUUGCUGUGAAGUGUCCUCGUUAUCACCAUUGUAAUUUGGAAGAAAUAAGAAUAUGAAUUUUUUAUGCUGCUAAGAAUCUGAAGGAUGCAUGUGUAGUGUUGAAUGCCAAUAUGAAGAACAUAAGUUCAUUCUUUUUGCAGAUUUAGUCUUGGUUUAUUCAUUUUGUUGGAUUCUCUUCAUGGGCUUGCUUUAGAAUUUUUUGAUGCUGUUUAUCUAUCAUUUUGUAUGGAUGUGCAGAAAAUCAUGGUGUCAUGUUCUUGACAUCUUCAUGUUUGCAGGUUUAUCGUAGAAAAAAUUGUUAGAAAUUCUUUACUAUACAGUCAUAAA